UCCUCAGAUAACAUAAAGCUAAAUCUUCCUUUCUUACCAGUAUAAAUAAACACCCCGUCCUCUAGUUUCCAAUACCCUCAUCCCAAGAAUUUUCAUAGAUUUCGUUAGUUUAGUGGUGAGCAAUGGCUGCUGCAAUUGUGGUGGUUUUUGAUUUUGACAAGACCAUCAUUGACGUGGAUAGUGAUAAUUGGGUGAUUGAUGAGUUGGGUUUUACUGAAUCGUUCAACCAACUCCUUCCCACCAUGUCAUGGAAUUCUCUCAUGGAUAGGAUGAUGAAGGAACUUCAUGCAAAUGGAAAAACCAUGGAAGACAUUGCAGAGGUUUUGAAACGUAUUCCUAUCCAUCCCCAGGUCAUCUCUGCUAUUAAAGCAGCCCAUGCUUUAGGGUGUGAGUUGAGGAUUGUAAGUGAUGCAAACAUGUUCUUCAUCGAGACAAUCCUGAAACAUCUUGGAUUGAAGGAUUAUUUCUCUGAAAUCAACACGAACCCAGGUUUUGUCGAUGAAGAAGGGAGGCUAAGGAUCUCUCCUUACCAUGAUUUCACUCAAUCUUCUCAUGGUUGCAGUCUUUGCCCUCCGAACAUGUGCAAGGGUCUUAUCAUUGAAAGAAUCCAAGCUUCUAUAUCUAAGGAGGGAAGCAAGAAAAUCAUCUAUCUUGGAGAUGGUGCUGGCGAUUAUUGCCCGAGCUUGAAGCUUACAGAGGCAGACUACAUGAUGCCAAGGAAGAAUUUCCCAGUGUGGGAUUUAAUUAGCAAAAAUCCCAAGCUUAUCAAGGCAGAAAUCCAUGAAUGGAACGACGGCGCAGAGAUGGAACGUGUUUUGCUCCAAAUUAUUGAGAGAAUUUCCAGGGAGGAGAUCAAUAGCAAUUCUGCUAAGUUGUUCUCAGCUGAUUGCAAGUUACAGACUAUAUCAAUUGCUGGCCAUGACGCCAUGCCUCAAGCUCUCUCAGUUACUCAGUAGCUAGCCUAAAAUGUUAGGCAAAUCAAUGCCAGCCCUACCAAGUUAACCAUUUUUUUUUUGUUUUGUUCACAUCUUGGCUUUAACAAGAAGGAUGUAAGAUAGCGAUUUUUCAUCUGGAUCCGUAAUAUGAUGAAGGGAACGUUAAAUA